GACCACAAAGUAAGAGACAAGGGUUAGAGACAGACACCACAAACAAGCAGAGGAACUAACAGCACCAUUCUUUGGAAAGAAAGAAGAAUAGGAUAUAACCAUGAAAAGCAUCCACUCCCUGGCUGGUAUCCUCCUGGUCCUCGGCUUUGUCCAGGGCAGCUGGCAAGUUUCUCUGCAGGAGGCUGAUGACAGCUCAAGUUUUGAGGCAGACACAUUAGCGGAAGGGCCGAGGGAGCUGGCGAGCAUGAAGAGACAUUCAGAGGGAACCUUCUCAAACGACUACAGCAAAUACCUGGAGGAGAGGAGGGCGCAGGACUUCGUUCAGUGGCUGAUGAACAACAAGAGGAGCGGUGCUGAUGAAAAGCGCCAUGCAGACGGGACCUUCACCAGCGACGUGAGCUCAUACCUCAAGGAACAGGCAAUCAAAGACUUUGUCGCCAGGCUCAAGUCGGGACAAGUCAGAAGAGAAUCUGAAACGGACAGGUGGGGUGAGUCGUUCAGCAGGAGGCAUGUAGAUGGAAGCUUCACCAGUGAUGUGAGCAAGGUGCUGGACUCCAUGGCUGCCAAGGAAUAUUUACUCUGGGUCAUGACCUCCAAGCCUUCAGGGCAGAGUAUGAAAAGACAAGAGGACCAAUGAGGCGCUCAUCAAGGA